CUCCGGCCUCCCCGCUCUGCAGCAACAUCCCUCCUCGCGAGCGUGUCCAGCCCUGGCAGGCUCCGGAGCAGAUGCUGCCGCCGCUGCUGCCGGGGGAGCGAGCUGGGACGGACGCGAGGCGCACCCGCCAGUCUCCCUGGCCGUUGGCACCGGGCAGCCCCGAGCGAGGAGCAGCCUGCCGGAUCUCGGCGCUGCCCGGGACGACAACGGCCCGGGGGGGCGGUAGGUUGAAGGGACCCGCCACCCAUUGCAGGCACCUGUUUCUUUUUCGGAACUGAGUUUCGCCACAGUCUUGAACUGACAUGGUAUGACAAGAGCUUUCAGAGAACUGGCUUGGAGGGCCUUUGGAGUUUCCUGAGUGCGUGCAGCAGGAUUUGGGCUCGGCUAUUGCACCCUACCAUUGACCAUGCCAUCCUUGCCCAAUGAAGGAGAUAACCAAGGGACCUCUUCUCUGACUUUGAGCUCGGAGCUGCCUUACCAAAGCACAAUAAGGAGGAAAGUCAGAGAGAAGAAGAAACACGGAGCAAUCACUGCGAAUGUCGCUGGCACCAAAUAUGAGAUCGUACGCGUAGUAAUAGAAGAAAUGGGCUAUGUAAAGACUCGGGACGACGAUGAGACUGCAAAUCUCAUCUGGAGUGAUUGCGCCGUGCAGCAGGAAAAGAUUGCCGAGCUCCGAAACUACCAGAGAAUCAACCACUUUCCAGGAAUGGGCGAGAUCUGUAGGAAGGAUUUCUUAGCAAGAAACAUGACCAAAAUGAUCAAAUCUCAGCCUCAGGAGUACAGCUUUAUUCCUCGAACGUGGAUCUUCCCAGCAGAGUACACACAAUUCCAGAAUUAUGUAAAAGAACUCAAGAGAAAACGAAGACAGAAAACAUUCAUCGUCAAACCAGCUAACGGUGCAAUGGGGCAUGGGAUCUCCCUCACAAGAAAUGCAGAGAAGCUUCAUUCUCAGGAACACCUCAUAGUCCAGGAAUAUCUUGACAAGCCCUUUCUUAUUGAAGGCUACAAAUUUGAUCUAAGAGUGUACAUUCUGGUGACUUCCUGUGAUCCCUUAAAAAUAUUUUUAUAUCAUGACGGGCUAGUGAGGAUGGGCACAGAGCUGUAUCAUCCUCCCAAUGAUUCAAAUCUGAGCCAGCUGUUUAUGCACCUGACCAACUACUCUGUGAAUAAGCAUAAUGAGCGUUUUGAGCGGGACGAAACAGAAGAUAAAGGCAGUAAGCGCUCUAUAAAGUGGUUUACUGAGUUUCUGCAAACAAAUCACCUUGACGUUUCCAAAUUCUGGAAUGAUAUUUCAGAACUAGUGGUGAAGACUCUCAUAGUAGCAGAGCCCCAUGUCCUUCACGCUUACCGUAUGUGUAGGCCAGGACAGUCUCCAGGAAGUGACAGUGUUUGCUUUGAAGUUCUGGGGUUUGAUAUCCUGCUGGACAGAAAACUCAAGCCAUGGCUCCUAGAGAUUAACCGAGCCCCGAGCUUUGGUACUGACCAAAAAAUAGACUAUGAUGUGAAAAAAGGUGUCCUGCUGAAUGCAUUAAAGCUGCUCAAUAUAAGGACAAGUGAUAAAAGAAAAAACCUAGCCAAGCAGAAAGCAGAAGCUCAGAAGAGGCUUUACGGCCAAGGCUCCAUGAAAAGGCUGUCACCGGUGUCUUCCGACUGGGAGAAACAGCGCCGUUCCCUAGAAAGGAGGAGAGAGGAACUGAAGGAGAGACUGGCACAAGUGCGCAAGCAGAUCUCCAAAGAAGAGCACGAAAACAGGCACAUGGGGAAUUACAGGCGCAUUUACCCUCCUGACGAUAAGCUGCUACUUGAAAAAUAUGAGGGCUUGUUAGCCGCUGCCUUUCAGACGUUCCUUGCCGGUAGAGCAGUUUCACUUCAGCGAGAGAUGAACAACCCCCUCAAAAGAAUGAAGGAAGAAGACAUAUUGGAUCUUUUGGAACAAUGUGAACUGGACGAUGAGAAGCUAAUGGGCAAAUCUGUCCGGCCACGUGGCCCAAAGCCCUUGUAUUCCAUGCCAGAGAGUGCGCAGUUCUUGAAAAAGACCAAGAACAACAGCAGCGGCAGUAGCUGUGAAAGCAGCAGUGAUCUAUCUGAAUGGGAGGAGGAACCCGAAAAAGAAUAUGAAAAUGCAAAGAAAGAGCGGAAUGUCUCAUUUGAUGUUGAAGACAGGAAAUUAAUAGAACGAUCCAGCAGAAUGCACUGGAAGCGGCCUCUUAAGAAAGUCCCUUCUUACGUAUCGCCCACGCCGUUGUCAGGUCCUAUGAGGCGUUCUGUGAGCUGCCCUCGCUCCAUUUCAGUCUUGUCUAUGCAAAUGCAAGGCGCCGAAAACCGCCCUUUCUCAGCCAAGAAUUUGGUGCAGCUUUCUCGCCCGUCUUCUGUGAGUAGGUCACACUCUUUAAACAGAGGUUCAUCUGCGGGCAAAAUGUCUCAUACUGCCAACCUGGGUACUGUACAUUCUCCUGUGACGGAAAGACAACAGAGAGCCAAAGAGCAAGAAGAGGCCCUCACAAAGGAGGCGCUGGUCAUUUUCACGAGUAUGAAGAUCCGAUACCCAGGGAAAAAUAAUGAAGACGCAGAAUUAAUACUCGAAGACAUUAUGGAUAAUUGGAAAUUCCAUAAAUCAAAAGUGGCUUCAUAUUGGUUAAUUAAACUAGACUCUGCAAAACAGAGAAAGGUUUUAGAUAUUGUGAAAGCGAGCACCCGCUCAGUUCUGCAGCGUGUCUGGGGAGUUUCAGAUGUUGAAUGUUUACAUUUGUACCGACUCCUUAAUCGUGUGUUUAAUCGCCUGCUAUGGAGCCAUGGUCAAGGUCUGUGGAACUGUUUCUGCAAUUCAGGGAGCUCCUGGGAGACGAUAUUCAGUAGAAGCACAGAAGCGGUGACUGACGAUCAGAUCCAGUGUUGCCAACGAAUAGUAGAUCUUUGUAAACAGUGCCUGCUAGUGGUUUACAAAUACUCUGCCGAUUCCAGAGGGUCCCUCACUGGAGUUUACCCAGACUGGGAUGACACAAGGUACUCACUGCCAGGACCUUUGCAGUUCAUCAUGAAACCCUCCACCGGUUUUGGAUGUAGCUCAUCUGGAAUGACUCGCUCCGUUUUGUUUACACCUAGAUACGACCAGUCAUGAAGCGAAAGGGAAUGUUGUUAUAUAUAAUGGGCAAUUUAUUUUAUUUUUUUCUUCUCAAUUUCAAAUGUGUGAUGGAACUGAACCCAGGCACUGUUAUAUAUUUAUUACAGUAUAUAAAAAUGUAGCGCAAAAACCUGCUGUAAACACCUAACCUUUCUGGAAAUGUAAUAAACCUUCUCAAAAUGUUUACAGAGA